AUGUCAGUUAAUCAAGUGCCACCACACCAUUUAGGUAUCUCGCCUGAUUUCCUUCACGAGAAGGGCCAAAUAAAAAUAUCAACAGAGGAGAUGGCAAGACCUCCGAAUGAAGAAUUGGACAUCUUCAAGCACGAUGGCAGCCACUUCCUAGUUCAAUCGCCUUAUACCGAGCAGGAUCAUCUUCUCGACUUGAGAACGCUUGAUGCAGAAAACGCACUACUUGCUCGCGCACUUGCUCGCAUGGAAAACCUGCGACCUGACUAUGCCACUGCGUCCUAUGUCGAGUCGUUCAAUUGGAAUGAAAUACUCCAAGAAUUGGAACGACUGGUUCGUACUCAUGGCUAUCGAUGGAAGGAGACUUCCUUCUUCAUUGUAGCCUUCCGAUCACAGAUUCCACCCACAACCGUGUACGAGGACUUGGGUGCAUUGGAUAAGGUAGCACAUACAGAGGCGAUAGCCAGUGGAGGCUUCCUGAAAUAUUGGUUCGGACACCCUGAUAAGGACGGUAGGAACCUUGCAACCUGCCUGUGGAGAUCGCAAGAGGAUGCGACCAAGGGAGGCGUCGGACCAGGACAUCGCAAAGCAGCGGCAGCAACCCGGUCAUUGUACACGCAUUGGAAGAUUGACCGACAUAGGCUUAUCAUUCGGGAUGACGUGAAAAACUGGGAAAUUAUUGACUGGGAAUGA